UGUUUGUGUGGCGUGCGCUAACAACCUUCGGAAGGAACACUGCUCGUUGCUCACGGCUUCGUCUGAAAGGAUAAUAAACUGAAAAUCCGUUGUAAAUAGCCGUAUAUUUAUCUACUUCAACACGACAAUCAUUAUUACGAAACCUGUUAUAAUGGCCAGCCGAUCGCUUUGAAUGGAUUUCAUUUUUUUCGACGGAAACAGUCCCACAUUACCGCUGACAGCGCUGUGUGCGCGUCCGAAUAGGAAAUUUGACUCCGAGCUUCGGGAGGAGUUAUUGCAAAUCCAAGCUCCAUCUUUCGGGCAGUCAUCCGAUCUGUCAGCCGAGUCGAAUGGUCGCCGUGUAGCAGUGGAAAAUUUUUGGAAGACGGACAUUUCCAAGAAGGAAGGCACAGACCAUGGCCGUAUUCAGUUCACAAGUGCUGUUUGCCGUGGCGAGAUCAAGGGGAUCCUACUUGCUCUCCAAAAGCCAUAGCUGUGCCUCCCUGCCGCCGACAUCCUGUGUCCGCUACCACCUGGAGCACUCCAGGCGGGCGGCCCUGAGCACACGGGCGCCGAGGUGGUCGCAUGGCCACUGCGCUCUGAUCCGUGUGCGACCCGGCUGCAUCCAGGCCCGCGCCCUCCACAGCUCCUGCCGCUGGCUCCAGGAGGCCAAGGAGAAGGAGAAGGAGAAGGAGAAGGAGAAGGAGAAGGAGAAGGAGAAGGAGAAGGAGAAGCCUGCGGCGGUUGACUCUCCGGGCAGGGACCCGGUCUCGGCCAGCCCCGCCCCUCCUCUGGCCGCGGACGCUGCCCCGCCCCCGCCCGCCGCGGCCGCUGCCCCCGCCCCCAAAGCGGCGGAGAAGGCGGUGAUUCGGAAGUCCAUCAUGCAGAGGGUGGUGGAAGAGCUGAAACACUACUACCACGGCUUCCGCCUGCUGGGGAUCGACACCAGCAUCGCCGGCAGGAUGGUCUGGAGGCUCCUGCACGGGCAGCAGCUCACCAGGAGGGAGAGGAGGAGGCUGAUGCGGACAUGCGCAGACUUGUUCCGGCUGGUCCCUUUCACUGUCUUCAUCAUCGUGCCCUUCAUGGAGUUCCUCCUGCCCGUCUUCCUCAAGCUGUUCCCCGAGAUGCUGCCCUCCACCUUCGAGACCGAGUCCAAAAAGGAGGAAAAGCAGAAGAAGGGGUUGGCCGCCAAGCUGGAGCUAGCAAAAUUCCUGCAGGAGACCAUCGCCGAGAUGGCCAGGAGGAACAAGGCCCAGGUCGGCGACGAGACGCAGAAGUUUUCCACCUACGUGCAGAAGGUGCGGCACACCGGGGAGCAGCCCACCACCAAGGACAUCGUGCAGUUCUCCAAGCUGUUUGAGGACGAGCUGACGCUGGAGCACCUGGAGCGCCCCCAGCUGGUGGCUCUGUGCAAGCUGCUGGAGCUGCAGCCCAUCGGCACCAACAACCUGCUGAGGUUCCAGCUGCUGCUGCAGCUGCGCACCAUCAAGGCCGACGACGAGAUGAUCGCCACGGAGGGCGUGUCAGCCAUGAGCGUGUCGGAGCUGCAGGCAGCCUGCAGGAGCAGGGGGAUGAGGUCACUGGGUCUGACCACAGAGCAGCUCCACCAGCAGCUGCAGCAGUGGCUGGACCUGCAUUUGAAAGAGAACGUGCCCCCCUCCCUGCUGCUGCUUUCCCGGGCCAUGUACCUGACCGACCUCACUCCCAAACCCCCCGUCAUUCCCCCAGUGCCAAAGUUGGAGAAAGCGCCCUCCCCCCCGGCCGUGAGUGAACCCUCUGUGCAGGAGAAACCCAUGCUGGCCUCCCAGGACCUGCUGAAGGACCCAGCGCCCAUCAUCAAAGAGAGGAAGGGGGAAGAACUCCUGGACAAGGCCUUCAUUUCUGACAUGCCGUCGGCCGAAGCACAGAUCAUUCAUGCAAAGAACGCCCAGAUGCUCCAUGCUCCCAAGAAGAUGUCUGCCAACGGCAUGUGAGGGGGAGCCCCAGGGCAGGGCCACCCAGUCCCGGCAUACCACCUCGAGACCGGUGUGGGUGCACACCCUCCAUUCACCGUAAACGAUCAAGCUGCUAGAAAGUGCGCAAGAGAGAGAAAGAGAGAGGGGGGAGAGGGAGGGAGAGAAAAGGGAUGUCGUCCGAUGGGGGAGUUCUCAACACUGGGCUGACUACCCUUGCCUCCCUCCUCCCCUCCCCCCCCUUGCCUGGUGGAGCGCAUUUCCCAGGAGACCAGAGGCUGGGAGAGCAGACAGAAAGCGCUCCAGUCUCAUAAUUGCCCACGACUGAUUUGGUCCCGCCAGAUUCUGCAAGUGAAGCCGAUUUUCGCUUUGAGCGUGAGGUGCAUUUCCAUGUUUUCAGUUCAACUUUCUAAAUUCUCCCGGAAGCCACUUUGAAAUCACAGUCAAAACGAGCAGUGGCAAAAAUACGCAUUUGAUCUUUUGAUCUUCACUCUGAAAGCACAACUGUGACCUCAAGAGCGGCGCAGAAUCGGAGCUCUCCGGGCCGCGUCUCGCUCCAGAGCGCCGUCGGUUUCACUCGCGUGUGCAGAACUGCACUCUGUAUAUUUGUAAAUAACAUUGUACAUUGUUCUCGUCGUCCCGCGCACUUGGUGCCGAGCGCCGCCCGCGUGUUCCUGCUCACGGCGCCUCCGCUCUGUGACCUGCAGAACGUGUCCGUACGUAAGACUGGGAACGGUAGCUGCGCGGUGCGAGGUUCGAUGGCGGCCAUUUGCAUUUUUCUUUUCUUUUCUUUUUUUUGUUGUAGUGUGCGGGUGAAUUUUCCUUUUACAGGGGAAUUUGAAGUUCAGUUCUCCUUCUGGAGAUUUCGCAGUGACAUGAAGCGGCAUACCACCCCCCUAAUUUAGCUUUAGGCAGAUUUGUGGUUUGCAUCAGGCAUGUAUAUAAUGUGUUGUGUGCUCCUCCUCCUGCACACUUCUUUUGGAUAUACAUUUAAAAUAAUGAUUAUUUUUUGCUGAAUGUCAUGUGCAGAUCUGCCAUAACUAAGUAAUACUGUAAAGAUUAUCAGAUGUAAAAAAAAAAAUGCUAAUAAUAAUAGUUUGAAGUUUACGCAUUGUCUGCCAUUUUGAAAAAUGCACUAAAGAUAGAUGUAAUAAUUAUCAAAUUGACAAAUUGUGUCCAUGGCCUUUACAAAUUAAAGUGAAAAUUGUAUUUAUUAGGAACGUAACUUCAGACUUGAAUAUACAUCCUGGGAGAAAUGACAAUGCUAUGCAGACAUCAACAAUAUUUAACAAUAUCCAGAUUGAGAAUGACUGGCAAACUUCUUCACUUACCAUUUGUGCCGCUGAGGGUAAAUUGAAUCUGCCAUAUAUACGUAUGUAUGUACUGUACAUGUCUAGUGUCUACUUGUGAAUUAUUGUUGCCUUAGUGCUGGGAAAGCCACUGAAUAUUGGGUGUCAUACGGAGACUUGUGUUCACUUCCAUUAGCUUACAGUUCCUGAGGGAUUCAGUGUUCUCUUCAGGCCCAGUUCCUUCAGAAGCAGCCAUUUUGUGACUCCUGCUGAUAUCUGCUGCAAGCCACAGCAGCAAGUAAAAGCCUUCAUGUGAUCUGAGCCUCCUCCUCUUUCAUCCUGCUGGUUCUUCAAACCUCCAGAAAAACAGUGAGGGAAUGAAAACAGGUUCACAACUUUUAAGGAGUCCUUAUGAUCCGGUUAACACUGCUGUACUCGGUUGUUCUGUAGCGUAGCUGUAGGAAGGAGCCGCCAGAGUCAUUUUAAUAAGCAUUUUUAAAUCCAAAAGAGAAAUAUGUGCAACAAUGUGCUAGACGCACACUUCACUAUCACUCAGAUAGUUUAUUUUUGUACUUGAUUUAAAGGUUAUGCAAGUUCCAUCAGACUGUAAACCACUGUAAACUGUAAAAGGUGCUUUCUCAGUUUUAACUUUUUACCUCUGAUACAGUUUUGUUUUCCUCAAAUCCUCAGUACUGCUGAAAUGGGGUCUGUUGUCCCCUUUAAAAAGAAUAAAAAAAGGUUUGUGUGUGAUUGUUUGAUUCAGGGCCCUGGGGCUUCAUUGUGAGGAGCAGGCUGAAUGAUGAUCUAUUUUCUGAUGCACCUUUUAUUUCAUUCUGGACCUGAAGUUGUGACUUUUUUGUUUGUGGAAAUAUUUCUUGGACGUAACGAUUUAUCAUUAUCCGUGGGUUUAUUAAAUCAAAUGCCAGCACCUGUAUCCGAAAAGACAAAGUAUUGUUUAUUUUAUUUUAUUUUAUUUUAUUUUAUUUUUUUAUUCAACUUUUUUUUUAAUUCUUUUUUUUGUUUUUGCUUUGAUCAUUAUGUGUUCUGUUGAGUGACGUAGCCUAGAUCUUUGAAAAACCUUUGGAACUGCCUUCAGCUGCGGAACAUUUUGGGUGAUUUUGGCCUUUGGGUGAUGUUUGUUAGUCUCGUACACUCAGGCCCACAGCCCACGGUUCUUCACCCGGCCACAAACAAUGUCUGCCUCGGCUGAGGCUUAACCGAUCGGCAUUGCGCGCACCACACAUGCCCCAAAUGCCAUGGGCUGGUUUAAGCUUUCAGACGGGUAUUACUGUGCUAAGACCCCACUGUGUGGGAGCAAAGAUACAUACCGUACCUUCUCACUCACAGCUGCGCUGAACACCAUCGCAAGGCUGGUUCCUGGCAUGCAUGACACAAGUUAAAAAAAUAUAUAUAAAUAACUUUUUUUAAUAUAUAGACUCCGCCUUCUGUAAGUUGGUGGUUCCAAGGUAUUAAAGGUGACGCAGGAGAGCUCAUUUAAGCCCUGCUAUUGGUUGCUUUUCUCCACAAACAUACGAUGUGGCUUAAUAUGUAAAGUAUGUAGCUAUGUUACAUGCUAGCAAACCAGUUUCUACUGCUCUGAAUGUGCCCAUACACACUGGGGAAGUUGUCUGGGGGGAGAAAAUUCCAUGGCAUUAAAACUGCAAAUUCGUCAAA